AGAACAAGUUGUCAAUGCCAAUUACUGCCAAAAAUUAAAAAAAUAUUGCAUGUCGGCUGAUUGCUUGGCUUAACCUUAUUCGGUGAAUCCUGAAAGUGCAUAGAAUAUUUAAAAAAAGCAAUGAAAUAUGAUAACAAUAUGUUUGGUUAAAUUUAAAAAGUUUGGUAUUUUUACGGUAGUCGCAGACGAUGCGAAUGGAAACAAGCUAACUAAAAGGCGGUCCGACCUUGAAGGAUCUGUUGACAUAGCCGAUGGCCCCGCAAUACCAACUGGCAGUCGAUUGGGUCCCCGAGGGCCAAGUUUGCAAAAUUGUGCGCUUGAGUUGCGUGGUUUUAACAAAUUGCUAAUCCCAACAAUCAGCCAAUUUCGGUAAAAUAUAUAUUCAAUAUCUGCUAUUGUUAUGCCACACAUGCUGAGAUAAAAUGUAGCACACCGUAACCAAGUAUUAAACUACAGUUUUACUAACGUUUUUUUUAGCUGAUGUUAAUACAAUGUUAACACAGCUGCCAGGAUUACGCAAAAAUAUUCUCAAAUUCCAUUACCAGCAAAACACAAGACACCACAAGACUUCAAACACAAACUCUUUAUUCGUAACUUAUCAAGCAAAUACAAAACCAGCAUUUUCUGGUACGUAUAUUAUUUGCUUCAUUGUAACAUUUAUAAUUUUGGCCGAAUUUUAAUCAUUUUUGGUGAACAAGUACGUAUGUACUACAAUUUCAUAUACAGCGUCGUAGAUAUGUUUAUUGGAAAAUUUCUAUGUCCGGUUAUUGUAGUAUUUCUUUAUGCACUUUCUUACGACUUUUCUCUCAAAGAUUUCCAAUUCGUUGGCUUGUUCUGUGACACACCGAAUCAAAUGCUUUCUCGAUGUCUAACGAUAUGGCGACUGUCCAAGUUUUAUUCCUCAGUUUCAGAGAUUUGGAUGUUCGUCAACAAUGUUUUCCUUUAGAACAUGCUCGAUUGAGGUGUUUACCUUUCCUAGGUUUGAAAUCAGCGAGUUAGAACGAGGUCGUCGUCUUUCUCAAAAUAGAUUUUUGUUUUGCCAGAUAUUUGGUAAAUUUGUUUGAAUGCAGAUUUGCUCUGUUUGUUCAAUACCAACUGAUUCUUUAAUAAUUAUUUUUAGCAAAUUAACUUGUUUUGAGAAAAUAAUAUAUUCCCUGUUACCAGUGCGGUGGAAGAUUUUCUUAAGCUCUUUUUGCAAAUGCAAAUUUUGCCCAUGAACAUUCCACUAAACAACGGAGGCAAACUUCUCACAUCAAUGAGUGCAGUCCGAUUCAAGUUUAAGCUCAAUGAUAAGGAUCCUCCUUUUUAUUGCCGAGUCUGAACGGCAUACCGAAGUGUAACACCCCUUUGGAGAGAAGUUUUACAUGGCAUAGUAUUUCACAAAUGUUGCCAGCAUUAGGAGGGGAAAACCACCGCUGAAAAUUUUUUUCUGAUGGUCGGGAUUUGAACGCAGGCUUUCAGCGUCAGAGGCGGACAUGCUAACCUCUGCGUUACGGUGGCUUCCAAGCUCUUUUGGCCACUGAUGCUUAAUACGAAAUAGUUUUUUCGUUCUUUCAGAAAGAGGAAAUUUGCCAUCUUUAGAAAGGUUUAUUCAAAUGACUCAAUUAAGUUAUCUAUUUCCUCGUGAUCUAUGUUAUGAUGCAUUAUGGGCAUUAAUUGCCUUGAUGAGGAUUCCAUAUCAAUCCGGAAAUUAACUCAGUUUGUAUUCUAAUACGACGUGAAUGUUUGAGCGGUUCUCAAUAAUAUGUCAGCAUUGUCCAACUGUAAUUCCAAUUUAAUAGGAAAGUGGUCGGAAAAGGAAGGUAAGGAGGAAAUUUUCAAAUCCGAUGAUGCAUGAUGAACUAGUUGAGGGCUCAACAGAAAGUGAUCCAGAAAAGAAGAACCAUUGGGAUACGAAGAAGUAGAAUCGCAUAGGCGACGUACAUCGAGAGAAUUAUCAUCUUUCUAGUUACCCAGAACUUUUCCGUUUUCUGGUUUAACUCUCCAGGCGGGGCUUUUGGAGUUAAUGUCCCCUCCAACUAUGAACCCAUCAAAGCUUUUAUUACGUUGGAGAAGAUUUUCCAAGUCCGAUGCUAAUCUUUGUGGCGGGGUGUUGCAUGGACCAUAAACGGAGCCAACAAGUAUUUUCUUCCGACAGUCAUUGUCUGUAAAUUCCAAUUGGAUUAAGGAACAAUUAAAUCCAACAUUAGUUAAAGAGACGUGACUGUAUUUAUAACCACUUCUGAUGACUACAGCGACCCCAACCGGAGAAUUAUAUCCAUUGAUUUUAACCCUUCUGUUUCUUCGCAGGUGACAUUCCUGGAUGAAAGCGAAGUCGAUGUUGUGGCAAUGUAAUAUAUUGCUUAAAUCUAUUUGGCGGUUAGCAUCAAAAAGUGAGCUAAUAUUGAAAGUCAAAAAUUUCAAGGAUCUAUGGAUAAAAUUUAGCUUUAACUUUGUGAAAAAGUCGCAAAAACUCCGUUUUGAGUCAGGCUUUGAUAUAUUUUUAAAAUUCGCCAGGAAGAUAUUAAUUUCCUGGCACUUUUUUGACUGUUGACAUGAUGGGUUUGAGGUACCUAAAAUAAGUUCGAACGAGUUCUGGCUGGAGUGACAAAGUUGGCAGAGCUGGCGCAUCACAGAUCUGCCAACGUUGGAUUGGGCAAUUUUCCUUUCUUCAAUGGCUGUUGCGAUUUUUUAUGACGCACAGCGACGUAUUUUUUUAUAUGUAGGGCAUCCCCUCCAGUUUAACGAAUGUCGAGCUUCGCCGCAAUUGCUGCAGAAUGGAUCGGAGGAAUCUUCACGGGUGCCUUGACAUUCAACUGGUUCGUGGUCACAUUUCACGCAGCUGUAAGGAUAUGAUCUGAUUUUGCAGACCUCGGAUGUUGGCAACAUUAGAAAUAUUCUUUCCAGGAAGCAAGGUUACCAGGAAAGGCCGGCGUCAACGUUUCCUUUAAUUGACUUUGUCGACUGUAUCCGUACAAAUGUUGUCCAGUUCAAUUUUGAUUUGCUCGCAUUCAGUGUCAGCAAAGAGAUUUCAAUAUUACAGACGUUUGUUUAAGUUCCUUUGGUGUGUACGAAUAAGAAUAUAUUUUUUCUCCCGCAGUAAUCUUGAAAAUAAAGCUUGCUUUUUAGUUUGCUGAUGUUUCGUAAUUGAAAAGAAAAUUCAGGAAGCGUCGUUUUUAAUUUGUCAGUAGGCAUUUUUAUAUUUACAUUGUGAAUAGAUAUGCGAGGGCACCGUUUUAUUUUUGUUUUGUCAAUUUGAAGUGAUUGUCUGGGGGCAAUAUCAAGAUCAGCCAGAACUCCAAGUAUGCCAAAUUGAUUUUGAUCAGUAUUUUGAUAGUUUGCUAGUUCUUCUGUAGAGGCUGGUACUACGUUUAUCUUGGAGGAAAAUUUGUUUGACAAGGUUACCACAUUUAAUUUUUUUGGUUUCUUUGUCCAAAAUGUUGCCUUUUUCAUAUAAAAAUUCAUAUGGCACCAACCAAUUUAUCAGCUGCUUGUGUGUGGACCGUACUCAAAUUCAUAUAUGUUGUUGCAAUUUCAACCAAAACCCACCCCUUCGAAAUAAUUAAAAUUAAUAAAUAAUGAAACACAAAACUAUUUAAAAAGAAACAAAUUCAUCUUUUAGUUGUAAAAAUAAUUAGAUCUUGUAGUAUUUUCGUUGGUAUAAGUUAAAUAAGCACAACUUUCCAAAAUCCUUUGCCAGCAUCUUCCACUUGUAUAAAAAUAAUGUUGUUGUAAUAGCAAGACCAAAAGCACAAAACUUUCUUUUACAAUCGUUAUUACUUCGUGCAGAUUCAUUGCAAUAGCUUGUUAUAAAAGAAACAUUUAUUUUUUAUUUAUUUUAAAAGUAUAUUUAUUUACAUUUUUAUAUUAUAAACAAAUAGUUUCUUAAUAAUGCGUCCACAAAUAAUAUUUUUUUUUUCAUCCCGAGUAAGUACAUGUGAGCAAUAUCACUAACACUAAUAAACACUUUCUAUACAAAAUAAAACGUUGGCUAAAAAUAAGCGGAAAAGUAGUACUCUGCUUACAGUGAAGGAAAUGACAAAAAAUCAAUAUGGACACACUUGAAACCAUUACCGGCAUCAUUUUUGAAUGUUUUAUUUUUUUCAAUGGUUCGCGAAAAAAAGUGGCAUUGAAACGAAUCAGACGUAUUGUUUAUACCGCAGAUUUUGUAAAACAAUUUUAUUAUUUUUUGAUUGAAAUCAUCAAUUUUUCGGGCAUCAAAUUGCAGUCUACUAAUAAAAAAAGUAGAUGCCAGGUUUUGAACCUCCUGAUAUGGAGUGUGAUGCGGCUGAGGAAGAAGUGGCGACAUCACUAAGAAUAAAACCAUCCGUGUCUACUGGCGGCAAGGUUAACACAGCAACACAGAUUACAAAUGCUGAAACCAAGGCAAAUGAACGCAAAAGGCAGCGUGUUGAAAGUGCCCUUUGCCCACUUAACAUCGAUAUCUCAGAUUUGUGUGAGAUAUUGUCUAACCACAAACAACAGGACCAAAACCCCUACGGUAUUCUUAGUGUCCUGGCUGAUAUUAACAUACAAAAUGCGGCCCUGACUAAAGAAGCCAAGCCACCGACCAACAAGGAUAGAUUCCUUUCUGCAAAGACGAAAUGGUGCCCCCCUUUAUUUGUUUACAAUGUUAACAUAAAAACAUUUGUAGACAGUCUGAAAACUACUAUUCCUCAUUUUUCAUUCAAAGUCAAGAACAUGAAUUAUAACAAAAAUUGUAGUUCGCAGACCCGGAGGUGCAUACUUCAAUUAUGCCUCUUUUAAGAGCCAAAAACAUUCAUUCCUACUCUUUUAAUCCAAAAGAGUUGAAACAAGUGUCUCUGGUGAUUCGAGGUCUGUAUACAGAUUCUGACAUUCAUGGUAUCAAGUCUAUGUUGGACAGACUUGUACCAGAAACCAUGACAGAAGUGGCUAAAUUCAAAACACCAUCUUCAAUUAAAAACAAUUUUGAAACUGGCCUUUUCUUGGUGACGUUGCGCCCCGGGAAAAAUUUGGAAAAAUUUCACCAGGCAAAUCUUUCGCCAGUAUGUUGAAACCUAUCACAAGACAGAGACAGAAUGGUUAUAAUUUCUUAUACGACUAUUCUGAUAUUGGAGUUGCUAUUGUCAUCAAAGAUACAUUGAAAUAUCAAAGAAUAAGUCUUCCUGGUGUAGGGAUUUAUACUAAUAACUCUGUAAAAAAGUAUUUGGGGGGAUCCAUUUAUAUUCCUUGCUAUUACACAGCUCAGAGAUUGGAAUUUGAUUUAGAUAAGUUGCUUCAUUUGUGUAAUGACUUUGACGGAUUCAUGUUCGGAGGAGACCUGAAUUGGAGAAGCUAAUCUUGGGGAGACUCAACGGAAAACGUAAAUAGAAAAACUCUAUUGAGUUGGCUUAACAAAAAUACAUUGGUUAUUGUCCGGUUUGCGAUGUUUCCCCGUCACAUCCAAACGGCCCAUCGUUCCUCGACCAUUAUCUUCUCAGCUCAAAUCUGAUUGAUGGUUAUAAUUAUAAAAAUUAAAAUUAUUAUUGAGUGCUCAGGAAUAAUUAUGAAUCCACCGUAUACCUUCACUUCAUAUAAAAAUACUGACUGGAACAGCUUUAGAAACAUCCUUGACACCGAAUCUGAGAGGUUGAUGCCUUCAUCAAACUGCAACUUGUCCAACAAUGAGCUGGAUUUCUUAAGGAAUAUAUUGAGGAAUUUAAUCUGAUCUUUGGCACAAUCCAUGGCUCUCAUUCUCAAAAGAUUCAUACAAAUGGACAUAAAUUCCUGCUCUCCGAAAAGGCCAAAAUACUAUUCAAAAGCAAACAUUAACGGCGAAAGGAUCUGAAAAGAAUUUUUCAAAGAGAUGGAAAUAGACAAAGUAGUGGAUAUAGAAUUUUAUCUUAAUAAAUCCAGCGUUUAAAACUAUCAUAGAGGAAACAAUAGCUCAAGAACAAGCCAAACAGUGUAAUGACAGGUUAUCAAAAAUCAAGCUUGGUCCAUCUGCAUUCAAAGAAAUCUAUUCCAUAUCAGGUAAAAGAAAAUCGCCUUUCUGUCAGCAGUUGAAAGUGAAUAAUAAAUGUCAAUGAUCUGUAUUCAAGAGUUUCAUAAUACAUCACUGCAAUGCCAACCCACAUAUACUCAUUUAGUGGCAAUUUCAACUCCAGUGAAAAUCCAGACAGGUGCCACUUCUCUGAUACUGGAAAAAUUAAAUGGGAAAAAGUCAAGUGGCUGCGAAUGAAUUUUUAAUUUUCUUCUAAAAAGAUUUCUAAAUUCUACAAUACAGUUUCUUACCUGUAUAUAGAACAAUUUGUGGUGUGCGGCCUUCCAGCGGUGGGCAUCCCCCUUUAGAUCAUAUGUAUGACUGUUGUGAAUACAUUUGGGCAUAGGAGGACAACCCUGGGAAUCAUGUGUUCAGUGAUUGAAACGGGUGGAAGAGGAGGAGAAGCCGUCAAGGAAGGACUGGUCGAAAGCCUGCCAUGACGGGAAAUUUGAGGGAAAUGGCCGACUUCCUUGCCGGUUUUGCCCUCUCUUGGACCUUGAAGUUGGAGCUGGCUGGAUGUGAAAACCCGCGUGUAAAAUAUAUGGUAAAAAAAAUUGAGUUUUUCUGCCAAGUGACUGCGGUUAAAUUAUAUGCCCUGUGGCACAAAGCAGUGUGAACAACUCCAACCUUGAUAUAAACACCAUAAACCAAGAACAAAACACCAGAGUAAAAGCAAGAAAAUUGGAUUUUUUUUAUUUUCUGUGAAUUUGCGUUGAAGAAAUUCUAUCUUUGGAGCUACAACCUAAAUAUAUAAAAACUACAUGCAAAAAAAAAAAAAGGCUAAAACUACAUGCCGAAUAAUCUUAAAAAUUACGUGUCAGUUAAUCCUAAAAACUACAUACAAUAUAAAGUUACAGCCUAAAAACUACAUGCCAAAUAACCCUAAAGUCUACAUACUACAUAACCUAAAGAUCACUUGCUUCAUAAUCCUAAAAAUUACAUCCUAAAUAAUUCAAAACUUACAGGCUAAAUAAAGCUAAAACCUACAAUUUAAGUGAAGCUUAACUUACAAACUGAAUUGAAUUUACAACCUGAAUAGAGACACGGAAAAUAUAUGAAUUAUAAACAAAAUAAAAAAGAAUAACUACAAUACAUCAGCGUCGGUCAUCAGCCACGUCCAGCCACCAUCGCCACUCCAAUCAACGUGGGAGCUCCUGAUGCUUGCAACCUCCCCGGGUUGCAACGGUAAAUGCCGGACUUCGGACCAAAACGGACGACCUAUAAAGACAACACGUUUUAGUACAGAUUAAUACUACAUAUAUAUUAAUAUAUUUUGGCAAACAAUAUUUGGAUAUAUAUAUUCCUUUUUUUUAUUUUUCUUACCUGAGGGGAGACAAGAGGGGUUAUUUGUCCCAAUCUAGAUUUCGUGGGUUCCGUUUUAGAGGAACCGUAGGCGCUAGGAUCAGAGCUCUAAUCCGGGUAGGUCCUCAGAACGUUGAAUAGGGAGUUGUUGCACACCGGGCGUGUAUCAUCUUGUCGAACCUGAAAAGAAAAAAAAAGGGAAGGUAAUCAGAACAAAUUAUAAAAAAAAGGCUGAAUAUAUUCGUAUACAUCGACAACACGGACGGACAGAACAAAUUACAGACUGUUUCUCAUACGCGGACGAACACCAGCGGCAUCCCGGUCGAGAACGAGGGGGCCAUGCACGGCCAGAGAAGGCGGGCUAUGGAUUACCAGAUCGAGGAAAUUUAAGAUGCCUUUAUUGAACUUUUUUUGAUUCUUUGUUAUGUUAUUUAAUGCCAAUAAAGAGGGCAGUUUUUAUAAUGUUUACACACGAGGAUAGCAUGUGUUAAGCCUAAGGCUAUUUUGAAGGGUGGUGUGGGAAGGAAUGAGUGAGAGGUAAGUGAAGGUACAUCAGCGAAGUUGGGAUGCCCAAUAUAUGGGAAGAGGCAUCAAGGUAUGGGAGCCCACGGGUUCCUUGUGGGUGGGACAAUGCUUGGCGAAACAGCUGCCAAGCAAACUUCGCGGUGAGUGUUUGUAGUUGACAUUUCCGGUACGUGUGAGUUCGUGAUCCUGUUUCCGUUUGGUGUUUUCGUUCUUCUUACAUGUUUCGGGCUCGUUUUUGUUUUGAAUCCCCUAAAAGUCCGAUAUGAUUUAUGUUUUUGUUUCGUGACAGCGUAUGACCCGUGUUGUUGGCAAGAACCUACCCCCAUCCGGCGAGCGAUAACCGCGCUGAAAGCCAGCAUACCGGCAAAGCCGACACCGGGCAAAUAUCAGCUCAGCGUAUGAACCGUGCACGUUACAAAAUGGCGCCCAACGUGGGACCCGAAACUUGUUGUAAUAGUCCUAAUUUCCGUUUGGUCACUCCGUUUUUAUGUUUUGUCGAAAGUGUAGUCCCGGUUAAGUAAGCUUAAGAGUCCUUACCGCGUUGCAUGCUGUAGGCAAGGCGUGAAUUGGUUUGUCUUUACGGAAGGCUAAAGUAUCCGUAAAUUUAUGCUUCGGGAGUCUUAGCCGUUGGUCAGUGAGUGACCGGCUAAUUGCUUUUCGGAAGACAGAGUUUCGCGGAUACUUUCAAAUCAACCUUUAUUGGCAUAGACCCAUAAUUUAAUAUUAAUUUUGUUUGCCCUCGGUAUAAAACGGUGGCGUCCGAGUCGUAAAUGGACCUAGUGGUCCCGCUUAAUCAAGGUUAUUUCCUUGGAAGUGUAGUAGCCGCGGAUACAUUAACGAAUCGGGUUCCGUCGGUUUGAAUCCUUGCCUUUUUUUUUUUGGUACAUAGAUACAAUAGCCCGAAGAUGGUCGUUUUUUUUUUCAGACUUACCUUACUCCGUAUGGAGAGUUUUCAGGCGUAGGGCCAAACUUCAUGCAACCCCAGCGAUCGUGGCUAUAGUCCAGUGGGCUGUGGUGACUGCACAGGGUUAGUCCUUGCUUGUACUGCCGUAUACGUCCAUCUACAUAUCCAUAUCUGUAAUUUUUGUUUCACGAACUCACGCAACCUGGAAAAAUAUCUUUUGUCAAUUUUUGUUUAUAAAUCGUAUAGAAAAUCAAACACUCACCUUAUUUAACCAUUACUUACCUUUCCAGUAGUUCCAUCCUUUCACCACCGAGGACAUACGCUAUCCAUUGAUUUCGCUCGUAGCCCUAAUAGGCGUUGCAAAUUGUUACCACGUUAUCUUUUGGAAAUUCCCUUUACUUUUCCUCUUCUGCUUUAAAUAGGUCGAUUUAUUCCCUUAGUAGCUGGAGGUCGUUUUUAGUUCCAAGUACAUUUUUACAUUCCGUUUUCUCGUUUUUUUUUUAGAGAGUUUUGCUAUUCCUUAUUGGUUCUCCUAUUUAUAAGUUGGUAUUUGAUAUACUUCUUCCUUUUGAUUUAGUGCUGCAUUUAGUUUGGCACGGCCAUAAAAGGAUUUUCCUUUGACCGCUUUUAUUUCCUCGUUCGGAAGUGGUUCCACAUUUUAUACUCAACACUUAGACAUUUUCCGUCUACUUUUAGAUAUUUCGCAUUCGAGUUUUUGCCUCCCUUCAUUUUUACAUUCAAAUGGUGAAUACCCGUUCGACGAUUAGAGGAGAUUCUGACCAUUCCAGAAUGGAGGCAGGAACGUCGCAGGGUCUUCUGGGGAGUACAACUCAGCCAGCUGCGACUCUCACUACGCAAACCAUUACAACGACAACUACAGCGGCGGCUAGCAAUGCCCCGAUCGCAUCGGCAUUUUCCUCGAUUGCUUCGCCACUGCCACCGGGCAUGGAUGACCUGUCACGAUUGUUGAGCAGUACUUUCAGCUCGCAGGGGCAUGUAUCUUCCCCGACUUUUAGUCCACUGACUGGUCUUCACGUCCCUGUGCCUCCGGCAGACCCGGCUAUGAGUGUGGCUAUGCGCCAAAUAAUCAGUUCUGCCGUUGGUCUGGCCCGUGUCGAAUUUGAGAGAGACCAGGCUAGAACGAUGAGUCGUUUGAUACCAACUAUUGUCGAGGCUACCAGACAGUCAUUGGGAGUGGGUAACUCCGUUCCCACCAGUAGCGCAACGAUGGCUCAGAUGACAGCAGGCCAGCCUGGACGACCUCUUUUGGGCCAAGGGCAGCAUAUGUCUCUGGGUCAGAUGCAAACGCAUCCGGGUAGGGGUUUGCCUCAGACACAGCCACCAGUAGCGCCAUAUCAGCGUGCAGAGGCGUUGUAUUCGCAGCCGCCGCCUUUCGUUCCAGGGUCAGGCAUAAGUGCUGUCCCACCACCAUCGAUACCAACACAACCAGUACCGCAGGCAGGCGGACUUGGUUUGCCAUCGGUUUACAGGAAUUCCUGGGGGUCAGGCCGACCCGAUGGCUACACACCAUUUGCUGAAAGGCCGCCGCCGCAUCAGGCGAAUACUAGGGAGCCACCACCACACCCGCCACCGUCGGUGCAACAAACUCAUUUUCCAGGUUCAUCUUCCCAUUUUGGAAGGCCUGGUGGCAGCACCCGUUCUGAGUCGACCGGUAAGCUUAAUUUGGCUAAAUGGGGUGUCAAAUUCGACGGCACUACCAAGACAAUGAAUGUCCACGAGUUCAUUUUCCGAGUAAGCGAACUCAAGCGAGAUUAUGAAUGCCCAGAUGAGGAUUUCAUUACAAAGUUCCAUCAACUUUUGGAAAGCCCGGCCUUGGAUUGGUAUUGGGGGCACCGGAAGUUUGUCCAAUUUCGAGACUGGAACGAACUACAAACGGCACUUCUCAAUCAAUACCAACGUUUCGAGAAUGAGUUCCAAGUGCAAACUCAAAUUCUGAACCGCCGCCAAUUACCUCACGAGUCCUUUGAGGACUUCUAUAACGCUGUUAUGCAACUAAGGACGCAACAGAAGGCACCCUAUUCCGAAAACGAAAUGGUGGAAAUUAUGCGGGGGAACUUGAAGUCGUCUUUGGCCCAGAUGAUUUUUUCAGCACGAAUCUCGAACCUGGGUGAAUUCUACCGAGAUGUGAAAAGGGCGGAAAACUUGAUAGCAAGUCAUAGACAGCAGUAUAGUCGUCCCGGCCCGCCACAAAGAGUACAUGAAUUGGCCUGGGAAGAAGAUUUGCCACCGGAGAUCUUAGAGGUGGAUGCGAUACAGGACAGAACUAAGAUAAAGUGCUGGAACUGCGAGGCCGAAGGUCAUAGUUGGGUAGACUGUGCCGCCCCACGCAAAUAUGUUUGCUAUAGAUGCGGACACGCUGGUGUUACCGUAGCAAAUUGCCCUAAGUGCCAGGGAAACCGACCGAGGGGCUCACCUCAUACUGGGGGGGUGAGGUCCACACCGGUCUAG